AUGUAUGUCAUGUUCAUAACUACAAUUCAUCUACAAUAUUUGAUCAUUGGUUUAUAUUUGAUUUUGACUUCUGGUGUUUUACUUGUGAAAGUUGUAAAACCAUUGAAUAAACUAUUAGAUUAUGGUAAAAAUACUAGAUUGAGUUCUGAUUCAGAUUCAUCUGUCUUAGUCAAUUUUAUUGCUAAUAAUGCAGUUGUUCCAAAGCUGUGGUUUACUCAUUUUUACAUUUGUUUGUUUACAUUAUCUACAGCUACUUAUUUUCAAGAAUGUCAUAAAUCAAUACUUGGAUUGAAUGAUUCGACAACAUAUAAAAAUUUUCAAAUUAUCAAUAAAUUACUUAUGAUUCAAGGAUUUAGACGAAUGUUUGAAAGUUUCUUCGUGACUAAAUUUUCCCCAACAUCAAAAAUGAACAUUAGCCAUUAUGUUGUUGGAAUGACUCACUAUGUCCUAAUCGGCCUAGCUACUUAUCUGGGAUUAGAAAUGAAUUGUGGUAGAAGUGCUACAUUUACUGUUUUAGAUUAUGUCUUAAUGACUAUUUUUGGAGUUGCUUCAAUUCAACAAUUUAAUGCUCAUUAUUACUUAGCUAAUCUUCAAAAAUAUUCAUUACCAAAAUUCAAAUAUGUUUCUUCACCCCAUUACUUUUAUGAAAUAAUAUUAUACACUGUAUUGAUGGUUUUCAGUAUAAAAAGUGGAUUUACAAAUACAUCACUAAUGUUUAUUGCAGCUUGGAUAUUUGUUAUUACUAAUUUAACUAUAACUGCCUUUGAAACUUACAAUUAUUAUACAUUGAAAUACAAAGAAGAGUUUAAAUUAAAGUAUGCUAUUUUCCCAGGUUUUCUAUAA